ACACCCUAGGCCCCGCCCUGUCCGCUGUGACAGAUGAGGGAGGUGCCUCCGUGCGGGCCCUGAAGGGAGAGAAGGGAGAGCCUGCUGUCCUUGAACCUGGUAUGCUGAUUGAAGGACCACCUGGACCAGAAGGACCAGCAGGUCUCCCUGGCCCCGCUGGCCCUCAAGGACCCCCUGGCUCUGUUGGUGAUCCUGGUGAGAGGGGUCCUACUGGUAAGGCUGGUCUACCUGGAGCGGAUGGUGUCCCAGGACCUCCUGGAACUUCUGUCAUGCUUCCUUUCCGCUUUGGACAGAGUGCUGGUGAAAAAGGGCCUGUUGCCUCAGUACAGGAGGCGCAAGCUCAAGCCAUUCUGUCUCAGGCUCGGUUGGCUUUGAAAGGUCCACCUGGGCCAAUGGGUUUCACCGGCCGUCCUGGACCUUUGGGAACACCUGGAAGUCCUGGCUUAAAGGGAGAGGGUGGAGACCCUGGUCCUCAGGGUCCCAGAGGUCAACAAGGAUUAUCUGGUCCUCCUGGUAAAUCUGGACGGAGGGGUCGUGCUGGUGCUGAUGGAGCCAGAGGAAUGCCAGGAGAGUCUGGAAUUAAGGGUGACCGUGGCUUUGAUGGGCUUCCUGGUUUGCCUGGAGACAAGGGUUAUCGGGGUCAGACUGGAGGAAUGGGAACCCCAGGACCACCUGGAGAGGACGGAGAGAGGGGAGAUGAUGGAGACAUCGGACCCAGAGGUCUUCCCGGCGAACCGGGGCCCCGUGGUUUGCUGGGGCCUAAAGGGCCUUCUGGACUUCCUGGUCCUCCCGGUGUCCGCGGAAAUGAUGGUCCACAUGGUCCAAAAGGAAACUUGGGACCCCAAGGUGAGCCUGGUCCUCCAGGACAGCAGGGGGCUCCAGGAACACAGGGAACGCCAGGGCCACAAGGUCAUAAUGGACCGCCAGGAGAGAAAGGACCCACAGGAAAGCCAGGUCUACCAGGAAUGCCCGGAGCUGACGGUCCUCCUGGUCAUCCCGGAAAGGAAGGCCCUGGUGGAACCAAAGGAAAUCAGGGUCCUAAUGGUCCUCAGGGGUCUAUUGGCUAUCCUGGCCCUCGGGGAAUCAAGGGAGCUCAAGGUAUUCGUGGGCUGAAGGGCCACAAAGGAGAGAAGGGAGAGGAUGGAUUCCCUGGAAUCAAAGGAGACUUUGGUGUGAAGGGAGAGAGGGGAGAGGUUGGAGUGCCCGGCCCGAGAGGAGAGGACGGUCCUGAGGGGCCAAAGGGUCGUGUCGGCCCCCCUGGUGAAAUUGGACCUAUCGGCGUUUUGGGAGAAAAGGGUAAACUUGGUGUGCCUGGACUUCCUGGCUAUCCCGGAAGACAAGGAAUUAAGGGCUCCCUUGGUUUCCCAGGAUUCCCUGGUGCAAAUGGCGAGAAGGGCGCAAGAGGUUUGAUUGGAAAACUUGGACCAAGAGGACUAAGAGGGCCUACCGGUCCCAGAGGGCAGAGGGGUCCCCGUGGAUCAACAGGAAAACCAGGUGCUAAGGGCGGCUCAGGCAGUGACGGGCCUCCUGGACCACCUGGAGAGAGAGGAUUAACCGGACCUCAAGGUGCAAAUGGAUUCCCUGGGCCAAAGGGACCUCCUGGACCCCCGGGGAAAGAUGGACUGCCUGGACACCCUGGACAGAGAGGCGAAGUUGGUUUCCAAGGCAAAGUUGGACCACCUGGGCCACCAGGAGUGGUUGGACCACAGGGUCCCUCUGGUGAGACUGGUCAGAUGGGUGAGCGUGGCCACUCAGGACCCCCAGGACCACCCGGUGAGCAAGGCCUUCCUGGGCCCUCUGGUAAAGAGGGAACCAAAGGAGAUCCCGGUCCAUCUGGCGGCCCCGGUAAAGACGGACCCCCUGGACUGAGAGGAUUCCCAGGAGAAAGAGGACUGCCAGGAACUCCGGGAACUGGAGGACUGAAAGGAAAUGAAGGGCCUGCUGGACCACCUGGACCUGCUUUGAAUUUCUAUGCAGGGCUCAGCUGGGAGAGAGGAGGUGCUGGCACUGCAGGUCCCGUUGGCCCACCUGGACGACCUGGACCUCAGGGACCCCCUGGAGCUUCUGGAGAAAAAGGAGUGCCAGGAGAGAAAGGUCCGAUUGGUCCAGCUGGUCGCGAUGGCAUCCAAGGUCCAGUUGGUCUCCCCGGCCCUGCUGGACCUCCGGGUACUUCUGGAGAGGAUGGAGACAAGGGUGAGGUUGGAGAGCCAGGACAAAAGGGAGGGAAAGGAUCCAAAGGAGAACACGGUCCUCCUGGUCCACUUGGGGCAAUGGGUCCUGUUGGACAGCCUGGCGCAGCUGGUGCCGAUGGUGAGACCGGUGCGAGAGGUCAGCAGGGACCGUUUGGCGCUAAGGGAGAUGAAGGGACAAGAGGAUUCCCUGGGCCUCCAGGCCCCAUUGGACUACAGGGUUUGCCAGGCACAUCUGGAGAAAAGGGAGAGACAGGAGAUGUUGGGCCAUUGGGUCCUCCUGGUCCCCCAGGACCACGUGGUCCAGCUGGUCCCAAUGGUGCUGACGGUCCUCAAGGUCCUCCAGGAGGUUUGGGUAAUCCAGGUCCCUUAGGAGAGAAGGGUGAGCCUGGUGAAUCUGGACCCCCUGGUGUUGGUGGAGAGCCAGGAAAAAUGGGCCCGAGAGGAGAGCGUGGUGAGAAGGGAGAGUCCGGGCAGCCUGGCACCGCUGGUCCUGCUGGUGGAAAGGGACCCACUGGAGAUGAUGGACCCAAAGGAAACCCUGGUCCUGUUGGUUUCCCUGGAGAUCCAGGCCCGCCUGGUGAAGUUGGACCACGAGGCCAAGAUGGUGCAAAGGGCGACCGAGGAGAGGACGGAGAACAAGGAGAAGCUGGUUCACCUGGACCAACUGGUGAGAACGGACCUCCUGGACCUCCAGGAAAGAGAGGUCCUGCGGGUACAAGGGGACCAGAGGGGUCGUCAAGGAGAGAAAGGAAGCAAGGGCGAUUCAGGCGCCCUUGGCCCUCCAGGAAAGACCGGCCCGUGGGGGCACAGGGUCCACCAGGAAAACCAGGACUGAAGGGUGAGCAAGGUUCCCCAGGUGCUGCUGGCCAAAAAGGACCCUCUGGACCUUUGUAUCGUAAAGGUUUGGACAGGACAGUGCUGGAGGUGAACACACCUCAGGUGGAGCAGCUUCCUCUGCUGGACAUCAGGAUCUCAGACUUUGGGGAGGACAAUCAGAAAUUUGGUUUUGAAGUGGGACCUGUCUGUUUCCUGGGAUAA